AUGUAUUGGCUACCAUUCUUUAUGGUAGCUGUUGUGGGUAUUACCCACGGACAACUAACAGCGCAGUCGAGUAUCGCACCAGAGCUACGGGAAUGCUAUUUUGAUCCCAUACUGUUAAACAGAAACAAUCUCCCUCCGACCACAAUUCCUGUUCUCAUUGACAUCAUUCGUAGAAUCGAAGAUAAUCCUGAUGUGAACAUGGAUUUAAGACAACUGUCCGCGUUACUUCUUCACACGUACCGCCAAGAUGGUAUAGAAUUUCACCAGCCGGAAGGUAAUUUAGCCAUAUCUUCGAAUGUAAUACCGUUUGCACCAACCUUCCACUCCUUUCACCGUCACAGGCUGCUACUAACAAGACUCAUACCUAGUAAUUUGCAGACACUUGGAAAUACAACCGUUAAUUCAGUGCUCAAGUGCACUCUACAUCACAUGUUGUCGACAACCGUUGACGCAAGACUGAGAGGAGAUGAAAGCAAUUGUAACCAGUUGUCACAGUAUCGUGCGCUAAGAACAGGACGAUCAAUUAGCGAUGACGUUGAAAUUUUAGAUAUUUCCGUACUAAAAACGAAUGAUAAAAAUGGUCAAAUGCGGAAUUUUGAUCCAAACAGUGACGUUGAGUACACUAGUAAUUACGGUAGUAUUAAAUCUGAACGCCAAUUACUCGGAGAAAGUCAAUGCCCACUAUUAGAUGGAGUGAUUUUCUCCCAAUGGGGAGCUGUGUCAGGGGGAAACCUCAUAGCUGGUAUUGCGGCAGGUGCUCAACCACAACAGGUUCCUGUUCUUGAACUUGCAAAAGGAUCUGUUUUAAAUUAUCCGAAUGUCCAACAAACUGUGACUUCACUGUAUCCAGCAACACUCUCAGGCGAUUUGGCUGAGGCUAUUCUUAUUCAAGGAACUGAAAGAGGCAGUUCAUCAAUUUCGAUCGGUACAGCAGGAAACUGGAAUAGCACUCAAGCGCCUAGACACUUCAUGAUUCACAGCCGUGUCAACAUAGAAAUGACCGAUCCAGAAAUCAGAGGAGGCAUCGAUGGCUUUGUUCUCGGCAGUGCAAUAACCUCAGUUUUAGGAACUUUUAGUUCUUUGAGACUGUCGCAGCUGUUGGACAUGUAUUAUUCACCGCGGAAUGGGAUAUUUAGUCAAGCUCUUCGUGCAUGUAACCGUCGCGAAUUGAGUCAAACGCAUAUCACAAACCAAAAUUUAGCUGGGGAAACUUUUGCGUUUGCUGCCGCUCUUGAUACGAACAUGCCACUUAGAGGAACUAUAAUGGGUGGUCUCGAGCAACUAGUGAACAGCGCAGUCACCAAUUUCCAAACAUAUUCUACUAGCAAUUUGAACGACUUAAGCUGUGUUACCUCAAUAGCAACGAGCCUGGAUUACAGAUUAAAAACGAAUUUGUAUAUAGUUCUUGACUCAUCAUGGCCGUACCAAGCAGUGUAUCCGGCCAUUGCAUAUUUAGUGGAUUCAAUAGAAGUAGACAAAUUCGGAUCGAGCAUCACCCUGCUCAAUGCGUUUGAUGGUAGUGUUGUUGUCAACACAACCUUCUCGCAAGUUGAAUUCCAUUCUAAUUACACUUUAGCGGCACAUCAAUCAAUGCUCAAUGGAGUAAAUCUGCAAACUAGUCUGACAAACAUCAGAAUAAUGAUGCAAGACCAACUUCGUAAUGAAAGCGCCAGAAAUUACGUAGGAGGAAAUUCAACUGUAGUGUUGUAUCUCAUCAAUACCGGUCAUCUACAGAACAAUGAAAUAGUUUUUGAACAAGCCCGACUUCUUAAUGAAACAGUUCCGGAUUUGAGGCUACUUUUUGCGACUGCUACGAAUCAGUUCGAUAACAUAUGGAAUUUGGUGCGUGAUAUUCACAACGACAUCAGGGCGGUAUCUCUGGCUACAACAGGCACAAACGUACCAAUAGUCAUGAGCCCAGUCCUGGAAAGAAUUCAGUCAGUUGGAAGAAGAAUUGUGAAUCCCCUUUGUGGUUCACAGUUUGUUGAUCAAUUGUCAGGCACGAGACAGUUUGACGACUUCGUGGAACCUGGUUAUAUUAAUUUCUACACCGUUAGUCCCAAUUACUUUUAUGUACACAAUGAUAACAGAAGAAUCAGAAUUUCUCGAAGUGCGAGUGGGGCUGGAAGUCUUGUUGUGUGUCAUUCAAGAGUUGUUGCUCAACCAAGACGCAACACAACAAUAGUAGGACUUGAUCCAAGCGCAAUAACUUGUGAGAAUUUGGCUUCCACCGGAAAUAUUGAAAUAAGGCUGCAGAAUGCUUGCGACAGUUUUUGGACCAUAGGAUCAUGUCCUCCACUACACAUUUCCGUACAAUCAGAAACUGGUGCUGUUGAUGCCACAAGCGCGAUUUGCACAGAUGCUUCGGUAUGCAGAUUCCCAUACAACAUCAGAUAUCAAGUCCAAAUUGAAGACCUGGGGUGUUUUAGUGGAGCAUCAAGUCUAGGAGCCAGCCUCGCAAUUAUUCUGACUUCUUUGUAUCUCGCAAUAUUCUAA